AGGGGCUCACUUCGGGAGAUGUGAAAAAAGAUAGUGAGGCUCUUGGAGGUCGUCUUAUAAGAAGGAUUCAAAACUAUCAGACGAGUUUACUGUCGUUCGCGCGGCAGCACGGCAGUAAGAAACUUGGAAACAUCUAGGAACAUCUGUUAAGUCUCAAAGAAACUCUGCCAUAACAAUGUUGAGCUGGGCUCUAGUUUCACUCUUUCUGGUGUCAGCGACUACCAUACGAGCCUCCCCAACUCCCGAUGGCAGUGUAGGCAUAGAUGUCGGCGCCUCCUUUGACACUUCAGCAGACUUGAGUGCUGACAUUGGUUUUGAUGUAACGAUCGAAGCUCAGAUCAGCGGAAGUGACGACUCUUCAGUUUACCAAGGACCCAUCGAAUGGGAUGAUGACUGUGACUGUCGUCUGGAUGACAAUGACUACUAUGAUGACAUCUUAUACAUUGCAAGAAGGUACCAAGAUUUCCUUGCUGUAAGAGAUUUCCAAAGUUUCGCUGAGAAAGAAGUGGAUGCAGUCCGAAGACAUUUGUUCAACCACGGCUCAGACAACGAAACUACUCUUUUUGAAAAUGAACGUGCAUUCCAAAGAUUGCGUCUGAGGCCAAGAGUUUUGCGAGGUGUUGGUGUUCGUGACACUACAACUCAAAUCUUAGGAGAUGAUUGUUCUUUCCCACUUGGAUUGGUUUCUUACGGUGUAAUGGAGUACGCUGAUCCAGAUGGUGAAAUAGGAAUAGCCAGAGCGGCGGAGUGCGAGGGUGUUCCGUACAUCGUUAGCGCCUUCUCCAGUACAGAUCUGGAGGAAAUAUCAUUGAGAGCUCCUCAUGCCAACCUGUGGAUGGAAACCUUCAUAUUUUUCGAUAGAAGCAUCAUUCAAAGCAUCAUAGAAAGAGCAGAGGCAGCAGGAUACAGAGCCAUUGUUGUCUCAGUUGAUCGGCCUGUUUUUCCAAAUCUUGUACAAUCUUCCCAUGAUCAUCUCGUCCUGCCUGAGUAUAUUCGUGUGCCUAACAUCGAAAACGAUUUAUCUAACGAAGGGUUCGAACAUCUGGAUGCCGUAGAAGAAAAUUUCAUUGACGCCGAUUUCGGUGGUAACAACAGAAACUACUUCCGCCGCCACCACGUGCUGUCCAACAUUGAACUCGUAAAAGGCAGAGGCUACUUCAAAACGACCAAGGUCGACCAGAAAUAUGAAAGAUACGAGAGGUGCAUCGGUUCAUUCCUCUACUCAGAAUACUACAACUAUAUAGUGAAUCCAGAAGCAAGUUGGGAAGAUCUUAGGUGGAUCACGACACUGACUGAUCUGCCAAUCGUUGUUCGAGGCAUCCUGACUGGGUGCGAUGCCGUCAGAGCCGUUGAAAACGGCGUCAGUGCUAUUAUUGUUAGCAACAGUGGUGGCCAAACAGUUGACACAGCCCCAGCUGCAAUUGAAGCUCUUGCCGAAGUUCUGGAAGCUGUAGAUGUGUACCAAAACAUCGAGGUGUACCUGGAGGGAGGAGUGCGAUGGGGAACUGACAUUUUCAAGGCCCUAGCAAUGGGAGCCGACGCAGUUUUCAUCAACAAACCUGUCACUUGGGGCCUGUUUCAUAGCGGUAAAUGUGGAGUCAGAAGAAUCGUUCAACUACUCCGAGCUGAGUUUGACAGAGACAUGGCCUUUAUGGGAACGAAACAUGUAACUGAAAUCACAUCUACCAUGGUGGUCAGCGAGAAUUAUUUCCGCAACAGAUAUAAGCCCGAUGAUGUAGAUGCAAGAAACACGGUCCGUGAAGAUCAACUUGAGUGCCCAUUCGGCUACGACUACGACGAGGGUUACCAGCAAGAUCUCGCAGACGUAAAUGAUCUUAAUUUGAUCAAGAGAAACGGAAAAUUCCGCACAUAUCUUUAGGUGAAACACUGAGUUUCACGAACUAAAACGUCUCUGUAGAGACAGAAACUACCCAAGUGUCGUCAUUUCAAAGCAAACAAGCAAAAAAACAUUCUUAAUUAAUCUGCACUUCUGAUGAUGUAAAUCAGACAAACACUUCUCGAGCUUUAACUACAAAAUUAUUUAAGGCAUACUUUAAAAAUGUUAACAAGCAGGAGUUGAAAAAAAAAAGAAAAAAAAAAAGAACCUGCUAAGUUUCAUGUGAAUUCUUGCUACAAUUACUGAAAUUUGUAUUAUAAAUAAACCUAUCAUUUUAUGGAUUCUGCGAAUAUGUUUUACAGAAUAAAGACAUUUUGAAUUUAAA